UUUGCCAACUGAUAUGUCUCGUUAUCUUUGAAAUGUACUAAUCAUUCAAUUAUUUAUUUACCCAUCAAAAUUCUAAAUUUGAUAUAAAUACUGUGCCAAAUUCGUCUUCAAUAUUAAUAGAUCAAAAAAUGUGGUCGUUACUACUUUUCGUUAUUAUUGGACUCAUUGGGUCGGAAAUAUCUGUUGACGCACUCAAUUGUACAGUUCGUCCAAAAGGAAGUUCAAAGUUUCCAAAAACCUUUAAAUUUGGUGCUGCAUCAUCAGCUUAUCAGGUUGAAGGUGCUUGGAAUGUAGAUGGCAAAGGACCAUCAAUUUGGGAUGAAUACUUACACGAGCACCCUGACCUAGUUAAAGACGGAUCAAAUGCUGAUGAUUCAGUAGAAUCAUAUCGAUUAUUCGAUUCGGAUUUGAAAGCGCUAAAGGAAUUAGGGGUUGACCAUUAUCGAUUUUCCAUUGCAUGGCCACGAAUCUUUCCAACUGGCUACGUCAAUUCAAAAAAUCAAAAAGGAAUCGAUUACUACAAUAGCGUUAUCGAUAAACUUCUAGCAAAUGGCAUUGAACCUGUCGUCACCAUUUUCCACUGGGAAUUGCCUGUCAAUAUGCAAAAGUUUGGUGGAUUCUCUAAUUCUUUCAUCGUUGAUCAUUUCGUAGAUUAUGCAGAACAAUUGUUUAGUUUAUUUGGUGAUAGGGUCAAAACAUGGUUAACAAUCAAUGAACCAAAUGAGAUGUGUAAAUUUGGUUUUGGCAAUGCCAGAGUACCACCUAUGAUUGUUGCUCCAGGUAUUGGGGAAUAUUUGUGCUAUACUAAUUUACUUAAGGCCCACGGUGCAACUUAUCGCAUGUAUCAAGAGAAGUUUGCUGAAAAACAACGUGGAAAAAUUGGAAUCCCUUGUAAUGUAAACUAUAUGUUCUCCAACGAUUCGGAUGUUACUAAUCGUGGAAUGGAUUUUGAAUUCGGAAUAAUAGCGCACCCUAUUUUAAGCAAAUCUGGUGAUUUACCUCCAAUUGUACUGCACGAUAUUGCAAAGAACAGUCAAGAAGAGGGCUUUAAAAGGUCUCGUCUUCCAAGUCUUGGUAAAUAUUGGACAGCUAUUAUUCAAGGUUCAGCGGACUUUCUGGCACUAAACUAUUACACGGCUGGGCAAAUUGAACGUCCAACUGGGCCAGUUGGUGCAAUCCCAUCAUUUGACAGAGAUAACAACUUAACGUCUACGCCUCAUGCUUUUGAAAAUUGCCCACAAGCUUCAACUUAUCUUCGUUUUGUUCCCGAAGGAUUGGAAGCUCUUUUAAAGUACAUCCGAGAUAAAUAUGACAAUAUAGAAGUCAAGAUGACUGAAAACGGUUGGUCAGAUUCUGGUGGACUUGAUGAUUACAUGCGUAUUGAAUAUGUUAAAAAUCAUUUGCAAGCUGUUUUGAAUGCUAUUAAUGAUGGUUGUAAUGUUACUUCUUAUGCCCCAUGGAGUUUGGUGGAUUCUUUUGAAUUUCUAAAUGGAUAUGCAGAUAAAUUUGGUUUCUAUGCUGUGAACAUGACAAGUCCAAAUAAAGAACGUACACCGAAGAAAUCGGCCCGCUAUUACAAGAAGGUCAUUAAAACAAGAAAACUUAAUCAUAAAGUUUAAAUAUUGUUAAACUUAAU